AUGGCCAGCCCCGCGGAGCCGCUGGCUCCCCGCCCCCAGGCCCCCCUGCCGGCGGCCGCGGACGAGCCCGGCUCGGGCCCCGGCAAACUCCGCCCGGAGCCCAGGCGCGGCGCGGCCGGCGGGGGGAGCGCGGCGGGCCCGGGUCCGGCCCCCGAGCGGCCUGGCGGCGGCCGGGCCGAGCGCGCCGCGCCCCCGCGCCCGCACCCCGCCCCCGCAGGCCUCGCGGGGGACCCGGGCGCCCCGUGCGCGCGCGGCGGCGGCGGCGGCUGGGUCUCGGCCCGCACUCCCCUCGCGCUCGCCCUCUCCUCCCCUGUCCCCUCCCCCGCUCCAUCUUCCUUUUACUUCUGGCCGCCGCCCCCCCCGCCCCCUCCUUCUCUUCUCCCCUCCUCAUCUGCCUUUCACCUCCCCGUGCGUCUCCCAGGAAGGGAGGGCGCGGCGGCGGCGGGCGGCGGCGGCGAUGCAGGCGGCGGCGCACCGGCGGCAGCUGCCCUGAGCGCCCCUCCCGGCGGCAGUCCCCGCGGCGGCGGCGGGCGGCGGCGGCUCUUCCUCGGCUCCGCGCUCCAGGGCUUGCUGCGCCCGGGCCGCGCCGCGCUCCGGCUGCCGCUCGGCCCCGCCGCCCGCCGCGCGGGCUCCCCCGGCUUCGCGGCCGCCGGCGGGGGCUGCCCCGGCCCCGGCCCCGGCCCCGGCCCCGGCGGCGGCGGCGGCCGGACUCCGCGGCGGCCCCGAGGCGCCGGCUUCGCCCUCGCCGCCGCGUCCCCCCUGCUCCUCGGCUCCGACAUGGAAGAUGGACCUUCCACUAACGCGAGCUGCUUCCGAAGGCUGACGGAGUGUUUCCUGAGCCCCAGUCUGACAGAUGAAAAAGUGAAGGCAUAUCUUUCCCUUCACCCCCAGGUAUUAGAUGAGUUUGUAUCUGAAAGUGUUAGUGCAGAGACCGUAGAAAAAUGGCUGAAGAGGAAAAACAACAAAUCAGAAGAUGAAUCGGCUCCUAAGGAAGUCAGCAGGUACCAAGAUACGAAUAUGCAGGGGGUUGUAUAUGAGUUAAACAGCUACAUCGAACAGCGGCUGGACACAGGUGGGGACAAUCAACUCCUCCUUUAUGAGUUGAGUAGCAUCAUUAAAAUAGCCACAAAAGCUGACGGAUUUGCACUGUAUUUCCUUGGGGAGUGCAAUAAUAGUCUGUGUGUGUUCACCCCACCUGGAAUCAAGGAAGGGAAACCCCGGCUCAUCCCUGCUGGGCCCAUCGCCCAGGGCACCACCAUCUCUGCCUACGUGGCCAAAUCCAGAAAAACGUUGCUUGUGGAAGACAUCCUUGGGGAUGAACGAUUUCCAAGAGGUACUGGACUGGAGUCAGGGACUCGUAUACAGUCUGUUCUUUGUUUACCGAUUGUCACUGCAAUUGGUGAUUUGAUUGGUAUCCUUGAGCUGUAUCGGCACUGGGGCAAAGAAGCCUUCUGUAUGAGUCACCAGGAGGUCGCGACAGCAAACCUCGCCUGGGCUUCAGUAGCAAUACAUCAGGUGCAGGUAUGCAGAGGCCUUGCCAAGCAGACCGAAUUGAAUGACUUCCUACUUGACGUAUCAAAGACAUAUUUUGAUAACAUAGUUGCAAUAGACUCUCUACUUGAACACAUAAUGAUAUAUGCAAAAAACCUGGUGAAUGCAGACCGUUGCGCACUUUUCCAGGUGGACCAUAAGAACAAGGAGUUAUAUUCAGACCUUUUUGAUAUCGGAGAGGAAAAGGAAGGAAAGCCCAUCUUCAAGAAGACCAAAGAGAUCAGAUUUUCAAUUGAGAAAGGAAUUGCGGGUCAGGUGGCGAGAACGGGGGAGGUCCUGAACAUUCCAGACGCCUAUGCGGACCCACGCUUCAACAGAGAAGUGGACUUGUACACAGGAUACACCACGCGGAACAUACUGUGCAUGCCCAUCGUGAGUCGGGGGAGUGUCAUCGGUGUGGUGCAGAUGGUCAACAAGCUGAGCGGUAGCGCCUUCUCGAAAACGGACGAGAACAACUUCAAGAUGUUUGCGGUCUUCUGCGCGCUAGCCUUACACUGUGCCAAUAUGUACCACAGGAUCCGACACUCGGAGUGCAUUUACCGGGUGACGAUGGAGAAGCUGUCCUACCACAGCAUCUGUACCGCCGAGGAGUGGCAAGGCCUCAUGAGCUUUAACCUCCCGGUGCGCCUCUGCAAGGAGAUUGAAUUAUUCCACUUUGACAUUGGUCCUUUUGAAAACAUGUGGCCUGGAAUUUUUGUCUACAUGGUCCAUCGGUCCUGUGGGACAUCCUGCUUUGAGCUUGAAAAGUUGUGUCGCUUCAUUAUGUCUGUGAAGAAGAACUACCGGCGGGUUCCGUAUCACAACUGGAAGCACGCAGUCACCGUGGCGCACUGCAUGUACGCCAUACUCCAGAAUAACCACGGGCUCUUCACCGACCUGGAGCGCAAAGGACUGCUGAUUGCGUGUCUGUGUCACGACCUGGACCACAGGGGCUUCAGUAACAGCUACCUGCAGAAAUUCGACCACCCCCUGGCCGCCCUCUACUCCACGUCCACCAUGGAGCAGCACCACUUCUCUCAGACCGUGUCCAUCCUGCAGCUGGAAGGGCACAAUAUCUUCUCCACCCUCAGCUCCAGCGAAUACGAACAGGUGCUUGAGAUCAUCCGCAAAGCCAUCAUUGCCACAGACCUUGCUUUAUACUUUGGAAACAGGAAACAGCUGGAAGAGAUGUACCAGACCGGAUCGCUAAACCUUAAUAAUCAAUCACAUAGAGACCGUGUCAUUGGUUUGAUGAUGACUGCCUGUGAUCUUUGUUCCGUAACAAAACUGUGGCCAGUUACAAAAUUGACAGCAAAUGAUAUAUAUGCAGAGUUCUGGGCUGAGGGUGACGAGAUGAAGAAGCUGGGAAUCCAGCCCAUCCCCAUGAUGGACAGAGACAAGAAGGACGAGGUCCCCCAGGGCCAGCUGGGUUUCUACAACGCCGUGGCCAUCCCCUGCUACACCACCCUCACCCAGAUCUUCCCGCCCACCGAGCCCCUCCUGAAGGCGUGCAGGAAUAACCUGAGCCAGUGGGAGAAGGUGAUCCGAGGGGAGGAGAGUGCCGUGUGGAUCUCAUCCCAGCCGGGGGCCCAUGCGCCGUCCGACAAGCCACUGGCAAAGACAGAAGACUGACCGCUGCUUGACCAGCUGCCCCACCGAAGACGCCCGUCUUGCUUCUCUGACUUUUCUUCCUUUUAUUUUCGUGGGAGGAAACCUACACCUGGUAACUCGGCUGCAAGCCUCUUCGAGAAGCUUCCAUCAGGAAACACGGCAAGCGGAUGGCUCCCUGCCAGGCUCGUCUGUAACGCUUCGUGGACGACAAUCGGCCAGGACCACCCCGUGACCAGAGCAGCUGGCCACGCGCGACCCCACGUGACCUGUGACCAGGCCUUCUCUAAUGGGCUCAUACUGCUGAGGCCUUAAUGGAAAAGGACAACAGUUAUUCAGAAGGGGGUACUUUUCCGCUGUAUCUUCGUAAGGAGGGGUGAACGUGGUACUAUUAUGAUAUUGUACUUUGGCUUUAACACCCAUGUUGCUUUGAUGUUGUUGGUUAUAAAUAGGAAUUUUUACAUA